GACUUCCGUGUAGAGUCAGGCGCUGGUCACGUGGCCCACAGCAGCAGUCAUAUGACGUUCUAGUUCUAGUUGUUCACGCGGAGCUGCCGUUGGAGGAAGUCAGAAGCCUCGUCGUCUCUCUCUGACAUUGGUGAGAAGUGUAGUGUAGUGUAGUGUAGUGUAGUGUAGUGUAGUGUUUUCUGUUACAAGUGAGUUUAGUUCAGUUAUGUACGCCGGUGGUUUGUUGGUGUGUUUGCUGGCCGCGUUUCAGCUCGGCUCCCGGGCUCAGUACGCUCCUGAUGAGGUGACUCACCUGCCAGGUAUGAUGUUCAAACCGAAAUAUCGACAGUGGUCGGGACACCUCCAGGCACAACCGGGAAAGUUUCUCCAUUAUUGGUUUGUGACUUCUCAGCGGGAUCCAGUCAAAGACCCUCUAGUGCUCUGGCUGAAUGGAGGCCCAGGCUGCAGCUCGCUGGAUGGAUUCCUGUCAGAGAAUGGACCCUUUCAUGUAAAUGAUAACGGGGCCACUCUGUAUGAGAACACAUUCAGCUGGAACAAGAUUGCCAAUUUGCUGUAUGUAGAAUCUCCUGCAGGAGUAGGAUAUUCCUACUCUGAUGACAAAAAGUAUGCCACUGAUGAUGACCAGGUCGCUGACGAUAAUUACAAAGCUCUGCAGAGUUUCUUUGCCAAGUUCCCAAAUUUCACUAAAAAUGAGUUCUUCAUCUUUGGGGAAAGUUAUGGUGGAAUUUAUGCACCAACCCUCAGCCUGCGCGUGGUUACUGGAGCUGCCAAAAUCAACUUCAAGGGCUUUGCAGUGGGAAAUGGCCUCAGCAGCUUUGCUCUGAAUGACCAAUCUUUGAUCUACUUUGGUUACUACCACGGCCUCUUUGGAGAAGAUUUGUGGCGUGAUCUGAACAUAAAUUGCUGUGACAAGGGGGGCUGUGACUUCUACAACUCCAGUUCAGAGACCUGCACGACACUGGUGAAUGUAGCCUUUGGUAUUGUGUAUGGUAGCGGACUUAAUGAGUAUGCCCUGUACUUGGAUUGUGAGGGUGGCAGAAUGUCCCACAGAGGCUAUGAGAGGACCAUGAGCCAUCUGUUUAAGAACUACAGGAAACACUCACACACCCACAAGUUUUCAGAUCGAGUGCCUCCCUCCGUGUCUCUGGGUGAAGUCCCGCCCUGCAUCAACAGCACGGCUCAGAUUAACUGGCUGAACAGAGGCGACGUGAGGAAAGCUUUACAUAUUCCAGAUACGCUGCCACCAUGGGACAUCUGCAGUGAUGAAGUUGGAGAGCAAUACACCACCUUGUACCCAACAGUGAAGGACGUGUAUCUGAAGCUGCUCUCUCUGGGCCUGCGGGCGCUCGUCUACAACGGAGACACUGACAUGGCCUGUAACUUCCUGGGAGACCAGUGGUUUGUGGAAGACCUCGGCCUGAAAGCAACCACUAAGUACCAGACCUGGCUUCAUGAUGACCAGAUUGCUGGUUUCUACCAACAGUUUGGAAACAUAACUUUCCUGACAGUCAAGGGUGCAGGUCACAUGGUUCCUCAGUGGGCUCCAGGUCCAGCUUUCCACAUGUUUCAGUCUUUCUUAACAAAUGACUCCUAUUGAGCCAUGAUGGAGACUGCUGUAUGUAAUAUACCUGCACUCAUCACUUAGUAGAUGGUACAUUUUUCUCAGGGAUGUUGAUUUUGGAGGGAAAAGGACUUUUAGGGCACGUAUUCUCAUAAUUUCUAUUGUUCAUAGAGUACCUUCAGUGCAGUGUGAGUAUUUGGAGAGGGACACAUUAUUUGUUGUGUUGUCUUUGCAACACAUUGGAUUUAAAAUUUAACAAGUCUUGUGCCAACCUCCAGCUUUGAGGAUGUUAACAUCUAUAUAGGCUAAUAGUGUAGAACUGGAACCCUCUUAAGACAGUCUCUCAAAUUUUGACACAUUAACAAAUGUGAAUUAAAAUAAUUCUUUAAUAUUUGGUUACCAGCCAGCUUCACUUCUUGCUCAAUUUGGGGAUUUGUGCCUUCAGUCUGAUUUUCAGUAAGUGAAAAGCACCAGCUCAGUUCUGCUUAGCCUUAAACUCGUUGGUGGCCUUGUCGUCUUAUUGAGAAUUAUCCGGAAACUGGGGAACUACAUAUAGACGUAUAAAAGGGUACAAGUCCUUUACUAAUCACCCAAAAUAGAAAUGAAAACCCUGUCAGCUCUUUGAGCUCACCAUUUCAUUUCAUAUCUAAUGUGCUGAUUAAAACGCCAAAACAGAAAUUGUACAUCCACUUAGACUUAGCUUAAUUUGAUCAUGUAAAGGUAUAUUCUGUGGCACUGAUAUAAAGCUGAAUCUUGUUUUGUGGUUUUCAUUGACAUUUUCAGCAAAAGUAAAUUCAGUGAUACAAGGUGAUUGUUCUGAACUUAGACUUUUGGUUUUGGUUUGGUAAUUGCCAUUUAUCAAAAAUGCAACUCCACUUGCAUUUAUCUCUUUAUUAAAUGUUUUGAACUGCCAGUGACAUAUGAAUUGUUAGAUUUAUUCACAUGCCUUGAAUGUAGUUCAUUUAUUGGAAUAUCACAAGUAUUUCCAUUAAAACUUGACAUGGACACA